AUGUAUGAUACCCCCCGGGAUCAACACAUGCGAGCCACGGGCGCUCUGCACGUGACGCUGCGACGCUUGGGUUGCAUGGCCCUCGGGCGUUCUCCUCUCGGCCUCCUGGGCUGGUGCGAUGUGUGCGCGCUGGACGAGCCUGUCCAUUCGAAACGCGCCUCGAGCUCACGAGUGUCGACCCAAUGCCCAGCCUAUCGCCACGCUCACCGCUUGAAGCGCGUUCUGACGCUUCCGGGCGCGUUCGUGCACCAGCUGCUGGAGACAGCGGCAGCCGCGGUGACGACACAAAACCCGGCUGCGGAGCCUGCGCUAACGCAGACACGCAGCACCCUCGAGCCGUUCUGGCACCUGCUGAAACGCAACCUGCGCGCCGCAGCAUGGAAUGACGAGCAGCUCCUGGCGUUUAUCGACGACGUGCUGGUGAUCUACACAUGCCAAGCAGCGAUGGCACGUCAUUGGCGCACGCAGCUGGCAGAGGUCAUCGGCAUCGCAGCGGAUCGCGUGUCCACUGAUGCGGCGAUUGCGUGCUGGUGCCGAUGCGUGCGCGACGACGUGCCGCGUUGCCGGCUCUGUGGGCACGAUCACUUGACACGAUGCUGGCUGCCGGCGCUCGUUGCCUUGAUUUGGGUGAUUCCACCACGAGGGCGCUCGCGUUGGCUUCAAAAGUGUCUAUGUGCGCGUCUCCUGGAGAGCUGGGUAUCGCGUCGUACUGAAUUGCAGGUUGAGGCACAGGAGUCUGCAGUUGCCCGCAUCGAUGAUGGUGCGUCCGAGGCGGAUGCAGGGCACGCGUCGGUUAUGCUGCUUGCACGCGUCGCUGGCGCGCUGUGCCUGCCACGCUAUGAGGCCGGCCGCACGUCGGGACGCGCUUCCGAUGCGAGUGAUCUAGAGUGGAUGGUGGAUGCGAUGCACUUGCUCCUGCUGGAUUGGAAUGUCGUUCCCGACAUUGCCGCGGCGAUACAUUCGAUGCGUCGGCAUGUCUUGCAACAGCUUCGCACGGUGCUUGCUGCUUGGACGCAGGUUGCGCGUACGGUGCCGGAGCCGCGGGGUUACCGGCUGCGUACGCAGCUGCACCUGCUUCGUCGGCAGCUCUGCGAUGAGCCCGUGGAUGUGUUUGGGAGCGGUACGGUUCCGUGA